ACCGAUCGACACGUAAACUCCGAGCUGUCAAAUUCGAGAAAAUUGACACAAACAUCGAUAUAAAAAUUGCUUUUAUCUUUCGUUUAUUCCGGUUUGUACAUGCUUCAAUUAGGUAAAAACGUAGAAGGAUAUAUAGUUUUGUGUUUGAUACAAUUGAAAAAGGCUAAUUUUAUUUCGACUGGCAUAAACUAUUAGAGAUAUGGUUCUGCUAAGCAAUGAGGAGUUUCUUACACAGCUUACGUUACUCUCCCAGUCAGCCCGGAGCGAAUCGUCUUUUACGAUAACGAUAAAACGAUACGACGGUCACGAUCGACCAAAACCCCGGGAAGGUAAUCCACCUCUUCCGAAACCGGCCGAGUAUCAGUGCUUAAUCAGAGCCCGCUCUCGAUCUAAAAAACUGGCGACCGUUGUACGACAUGACGAAGUGGGCAAGUUUAUGGAAUCUUACUCGAAGGUACUCAAGUCUAGCAUGGACGGGCUAAAGAAAAUCAAAAAAGUGAAAAACAAGGCCAAGGCAGUUCAGGGAUAGUGGAAUCUUUUAACAUACCUUUUAACGUUGAUUUUGUGCGCAAUAGAUCAAAAAUAGUUUUGAUCGAAACAUCGAGAAGAAAGUCGAAAAGUGUGCAUUACUUUCUUCUUAAACUUAUGUUUUACACGCUGUGUAAUCUGCACAUAAUUUAAGGGUACUUUAUUUUUUGAAUUUAUUAAAUCCAUUCAAAGUCGAACCAAACUGUACCACAUGUACCAAUUCGAAACACAUUUAUAUUUUAGUUCAAACAUUGUUCCAUAGGUGUUUUUGAAGAUUUCUGUAAGCGUUUAAUCUCGUUUAGUCGAUCAGCAAUUUGGGAAUGAAUCACUUGACGAUGUUUCUUGCCCUCACCCAAAGCUUCCAUUUCAGUCAGCCAUUCUACCCGUUCGUUGAUUUCAUCCAGCACUGAAAGUAGGAUAAUUUAAAACGGGUUAUAAAUAAGAUCGUAUUGUUGUACAUUCUGCUUCCCGAUCCGGUUCGAUAAAGUCCACUUCAUCGUCGCUUUGUCGACGCUGUCUUCGUUUUCGUCCAUCAUCGGUAUAAAUCUUACAACCAGCCAUCCUUUCUUGGAGCUUUAGUUUAGAUUUUUCUAUCGGUUCUUUUUGUUCUUUCGAUGCGUAUUUUUCUACAUCGAAUGCUCCACUUUCGAUAAUAGUAGACAAAGAUCUCUUUUUAAUGUUAUUUCGCGUUAUUGCCAUAGGCAAAAAAUUAUUGUAAUCCUGUUCAAACUUGUGCUCCUUCGGUGCUGGCAAAGGUUCCCCGGUUCGCAGAUGGUAGUUUAUCUUGUUCCGCUGAAGGAUCGUCAACUUGGCUUCUUCCAUCAGAACUGCGUAGCGAUGUUUCAUCGAAAGUGGAAUGUAUUGAAAGAAUCGUGAAAAAUCAAAUAUCUAUUGUAACUGACCUUCUCUUACCUUUAAUCAAGUCCUGCGUUUCUUUGGUGUAUUUUGAUUUCGGAGUAUGGAAAAUUCCCCCUCGGGCUACCCGAGAACUUGGCCAAUCCAUCAUGAAGUGGAAAAAUCUUAAUAAUCUCUGAAGGUAUAGCCAGGCUAUUUCUAAGGAAGUAAGUCUUCUCAAGAUUAUUGAUGUCACUUAAAUCGUUUUCGAUUCAACCAAACAAUAAUGUUAAUUCGAAACAUACAAUUUUCACCAUUUAAAUACGAUAUAAAAGAAAACUCGUUAUUUAAGCUCGAGGUAAUCCUGCAACAAACUGAGAAGCAGAAAAAAGUUUACUUGAAGCAUCGAUCAUUACCAUAGCAACGCGGCCCCAUGUCCUCGACCCCAUUUCGAAUAAACGAAUCUAAUUUUCAAGGUUGAGCUCCAAGAAGAAAAACUGCCAAUACUUUGUUUAAAGGAUAAAACCAUUUUUUCCAAGUUCUCCAUUGUAGGAAUAUCACUUUUUCAUGCUGGCUAGGACAAUUUCUCAAUUUUGGAAAGCAGAAGACGGAUUUGUUAUUAUUUUUGUUGGGGUAGAAAAAAUAUGCUCCGACAAGAGCUCUAUAAUUUAAUACAACUCCAGUCCACAAUCGAGCACUAAGCAAAUAAAUUAAUGUUACGAAAAUUGACCUUAUUCUCAUCGAAUAAAAACUUCAUACUCAUAAAACAGAAACAUUCCAUACAGUCAAUAAUGUCGUAAACAUAAACAUAUUGAGGUAUAUUCAUUUAGCAGGCUGGCAUGUGUUUUAAAAAUUGCCCAUCGCCAGCCGGCUCGGCAAACUUAUUCCUUAGUAAGUAAGUUCCAAUAACUUCAGCCACUUCAUGGGGACGGUCCUCAUGAACAGCGUGUCCACAGCGAGCUAACACUUGCAAUUGAAACUUGCCUAGGGGAAGAAAAUUUAACGAUUUAAUUAUUUACGCUCAGCAAGACAGUUAGUUACAAACUUACCUUGCAUCUGACCAACUGUUAAUGCCCGAUCAAGAUUGUCAAUACCAGCGAGCAGUAACAGUUUAGGAACCCCAAUAUCCAAAAAUUUUUGACUGAGUCCCUGAAACCACCCCUCCCAGUAGGUUUCCGAUUUGGAAAGAUCGAUGCGCCAGGUAUAUUUUUUGAGAUUAACAGGUGGUGCUGGUGCGGCAGGCGCAACCAAAUUAGCAGGAACUUCAGCAUCCUCGGCUAUAGCAUUUGGAUUACUGAACCGUGUUCGUUCUUCCUUGCUCUCCUCGGCUAACGGGAGCUCGUUAGUGGAGAGCUUACCAGUUUCAAUACUAUAUGAGCAAAAACGAAUGAUCACAACAUUACUUCGAGUUUUUUUAGUUUAAAAAUUUGUUCAAAAAGUCAUACUAACUUUACAAUCUGCCCUGGCAUCGAAACUCGCGCAGAGUCAAUGUUUCGAAUCUGACCACUCCGUACGCUCCAUUCCACUGCAUGCUGAAUGCUUUUAAAUGUGCUUGGUCGUGAGCGCAGGAAACUCUGCAUGCUUGCUAGUGCUUCCAAAGCAGUUCCCUCGACAACAUCGAUUACAACAACACCGAUGAGGGCACUGACAAUGUUCAUAUUUGCUAAAUGAACACAAAUCGCACCUCCCAUGGAGUGACCAAUGAGAAUUACGGGUUGACAUGUGUCACCAUACAUGCUCUGCAAAACAUCUCCGAUAUCCCUGCAGGAUAAUCAAAUGUUACGACAAAGAAAACUACUAUUAAUGAUUAACAUACUGUGCCAAAGUUACCGCAGAUAAAUCGUCUUCAUUUUUUGUGUUGGUGUCACCAUGACCCCUUAUAUCAAUCGCCAAGCAUUGACAAUGUAUAAUUUUCGUAAUUUCCAUCUGAAACAUAAACAAUUAUCGCUUACAUACAUCAUAAAAUUUUCUUCCAAUCUCUUACACUGAAGUGAGCCCACGUAAGAGCUGAAAAACCGCCACCAUGUAGCAUCACAAGCAGUGGUCCCGGUGUCUCCGGUUGCUUUGACAGGUAGACCCGAAAUGUUCCUUCCUUUGUUUCAACAUCCCGUUGCUCGGCAAAAUACUCAUUCCACAUUAUGGGAUUAUAAUCGGUUUGUCUGCGAAACCCACGGUCGCUGCAAGGAAGGUGAAUCAAGGUUGUUGCAUUCUAUUUAAGCCGGCUUAAUGUCCGAGUUUGGCAUACUUACGAGGGCUUGGGGAAUUUCGGAUUCGGACACAUCGGUGGUAAGCGGGACUUCAUCAUGACCCGCUGCAAAUUGGACAUGGGGUUGUAUUAUAGAUUUUUGUGUUGAAGUUUUCGUAGCGAUAAUUAUAAUUGCUAAUUUAAGUGAUUGCUGAGCAGAACCGACGGUAAAUGACGGUCAAAAA